AUGGCAGGUGGUACAAGUUGCCUCUACAGUGGAAAGGUGCAGAGGACGUGUUGGUGGAGGAGCUGUGGGCCACGGUUGAGCGAAGAGGAGGGUCCUUUGGCCAUGUUACACUCUCUGGCUUGCCUAUGGCUGUCUUUGGGUGCAUCAGCUUGGUGCUCAUGGUUGAGAUUCAGAUUGGCCAGCGUGUAA